AGAAAUAUUGAAAAGGAAAGCGCACAAGAAAAGAUCCCAACAAGAAUGCAACUCUCCUCUAUUUGUGCUAUACAGACAACACAACACUUCCACUCCCCACUUUUUCCAAAUCAUUGACACCAAGGACCAAAAUCCAUUUUCACACACAAAUAUGCAACCAACCAACUUAGUACUCUAUUAGUUGUACUUCAUUUCUUCAUUAAGUUCCCUUCACUAUUUCCACUUCUUUAAUUUCUCUCUAAAGAUCCUAUCUAUCUUUUUUCUUGAAUUUGGCUAAUUCUCUAGUUUUUGAGCCUGGUUGUUUAGCAUAUGGUUAUGGGUCAGUUCUGUUUUUGAGAAAGUGUGUUACUUUGAGGUGUAUCUAUAAUGGGCAAUUGCUGCUGUAGGGGGCAACCUUCAUACAGAGUCUCUUCUAAUGCAAAAUCUGAGUCUCCUAAGGAUGAAAGUCCAUCUCAAAAGGCAAGGAUGGAUCAUACAAAGAUGCCUUCAAAUCCUGAAGAAGUAGAAGACCUACGACGUAGUUCAGCUAAUAAUCCAUUGAUUGCGUUCUCCUUUGAUGAACUUAAGAUAAUGACCGGCAACUUUAGACAAGAUUACAUGCUUGGUGGAGGAGGAUUUGGAAAUGUUUAUAAAGGAUUUAUUACUGAAGAUUUGAGGGAAGGAUUCCAACCAAUUACCGUAGCUGUUAAGGUUCAUGAUGGAGAUAACAGUUAUCAGGGCCAUAGGGAAUGGCUGGCUGAAGUGAUAUUUCUGGGCCAACUUUCGCAUACAAAUUUAGUAAAGUUGAUCGGUUACUGCUGCGAAGCUGAUCAUCGGGUUCUUAUAUACGAGUACAUGGCUCGGGGAAGUGUUGAAAACAAUUUGUUCUCGAGAGUAUUGCUUCCUCUUCCAUGGUCCAUUAGAAUGAAGAUUGCCUUUGGCGCAGCUAAAGGACUUGCUUUUCUUCAUGAAGCUGAAAAACCUGUUAUCUAUCGAGAUUUUAAGACAUCUAAUAUCCUGUUAGAUCCGGACUACAAUGCAAAACUCUCUGAUUUUGGCCUAGCUAAAGAUGGACCAGUUGGAGACAAAUCUCAUGUUUCUACUCGCAUAAUGGGAACCUAUGGAUAUGCUGCCCCUGAAUAUAUUAUGACAGGUCAUUUGACUCCUAGGAGUGAUGUUUAUAGUUUUGGUGUUGUUCUUCUCGAGCUUCUCACGGGAAGAAAAUCACUUGACAAAACUAAACCAGCCCGAGAACAGAAUCUUACAGAUUGGGCUCUACCAUUGCUUAGAGAAAAGAAAAAAUUGCUCAAUAUUAUAGAUCCAAGACUUGAUGGAGAUUAUCCCAUAAAAGCUGUUCAUAAGGCUGCAAUGCUUGCUUAUCAUUGCCUAAAUCGCAAUCCAAAAGCACGACCUUUAAUGAGAGACAUAGUAGAUUCCUUAGAGCCUCUUCAGAUACCCGAUGAAGUUCCAACAAGUGAGAAGCUUACUUUGACUGUGAUUACUGAUACACCCAAUGGAGUUAUCAAAGAGAAGGUGCAAACUUCAACAUGAUUACAAGGUUUUCUAACUUCCCUAGCAUUAACAGAAUGAUCUGGUACAAUGUUUUACUUUCAUGUAAUACAAUACAAUGCUUGACUUUCUUGUAAUACAAAGAAACAGAGUUCUUAUUUGGUCUUUUAA